UUACCCCGUAACCGUGGGGCAGUGGGCGGUCAGCAAGUCCCCCCGUCGCAAGAGACUGGGGACGCCCCUAAAGUUCGCCUUCAUGCUCCAGAUUUUCUGCUUUCUCCCCUCCCCCUGCCUGCACCGCCCCCGCGCCUCGCCUGCCCCGGGAUUUGCCGGCGCCUGGCUGGCCCUUUACUCCAGCCCUGGGUAAAUCAGCCCGGAACUCGCCAGGCUCCGAGGCGCGGAGGGAGGCGUGGCGGCCCCGGCGAGGGUCUCGCCUGACUCCCGGAGUCUCGGCGGCGCGGCAGCUCCUGUCACUGCGGCGAGGGUCGGGCUCACCGCCGCGCGCCCCGCCGCCGCCACCGCCUCCAUGCUGCAGCGCGGGGCGCAGUUCCUCCCGGCCCGGCGGCUGCAGUCGUCCAAACACGCCGGCUCGGGAAGCCCGGAAGCCGGGCCCGCCCGGGCCACAACCACAGCGCGGGAGUCGGGCCGCCAGUCUCUCGCCUGAGCCGCGGACUCGCCCGGAAGCCGCGGGCAGCGGGCGGGGCACUGUGCAGUGGCGCGUAGGAAGACUGCCGCGGUGUGCAGAGCGGUCCGAACUAAGGGCUCUGUGUGCGUGCGCGCGGGGGUGCGUGUGUUUGCGCCUGUUUUUUGUUCUUCCCUCAAGGAUGGCAAUGGCUUGCAGCUGGCUGCUCUCUUAGGAUUCUAGAGGUUGUGGAGCUCUAGGUUGUGAGCACAAACCACCCAUAUAAUCCAUUUUGCACGGGCGGUUUAUAUCAGGAGAAAAAAAACGCAACUGGACGGGGGUGGGGCAGACCAAGGAAACCUUCUGGAAAUACAAACACGCACGCACAACACUCAUAAGAGAGAGGAAGAAUGAAAGACCUGGGAAGAUGUCUGUAACCUUCCUGCUGGCCCUUCCAUUUUUCCGGAAAGAUUCUGGAUCGUUUCUACCUUUUGAAGUCAUCUUGGCAUCUAUUUUUUUGUAAGCUCUCUCCAGCUUAGUAGCGUGCGUGAGGGCGUGUGUGUAUGUGUGCGCGCGCUUAUCUGAUGCAUUUGACUGUCUUUUGUACAACUGCCCAGAAGCAAAUGUGUUAACUCGGCGGUCCCCCUCGAUGCCUGGCUUCUCGCAGAGCGCGGAGGACGCCCAGACCCAUUUUCCAGUCUGGAUUCGGAAGGGCUGCUCAGCUUUGGACCCUUGUGUGUGGAUCGCUUUACCCAGAGGCUUGGAAAGCGCCAGUAUUAACCUGCUUACAGGUACAUCACAAGGUCACCAGAGGCUCUUGCAGCCGUCUUGUUUCUGUGCAUCUAGACCUUCCUGUCUUGGCCCGAAGGAUAUUUACGUUUCGGUCGACAUAAUUUGAAGCCAAAAGUUCAGCCUGUCGAGCUGGUUUCUGCACAAUCAAGGUAAAAAGAAUUGCCUUUCAAACUGCUUAACAAAAUCCCCGACUCUUCGACUCUUCCUUGCUGGUUCCUGGCUCUUUUGCCUCCCCACCAAAAUGUCACCAGCUCUUGAAUUACGUGGAUUUGGGUUGGAGGAGAACUUGAAGGAAACGUGAUAGAACCGCUAUGCUAGACCACUCUCUUUGCUGCCCGUGGUCCUGUGGGCAUCGAAGCCGAUCGUGAGAAGGACCAGUCACCUCCUUGCUUUUCCUUCCCCGUGCUGUACUGUGUGUGUGUGUGUGUGUGCAAGUGUGAAUGCGAGUGCGCGCGCGCCUGUCUGCGAGUGUGUGUGUGUGUUUGAGUGUGUUUCUGUGUGUGCGUGCGCGGCCGCCCUACCUCUGCCCGAUUCCUGGGUGCAGAAACGCGGGUUUCAUGGGGCGAUCGCCGCGGAUCCCCCGCCCAGCGCGACCUGCGGGCAACGGCGGCAGUGGCAGGAGCCGCCUCUCGGACUCCCUAGGAUGCGGGUGCUGAGCUAUGGCAAAGGGCAGCGAAGUGACGAGCGAGACCCACGUACGACUGUGAAAGCCACCUGGAAACACCUUGCCGGGAUUGUACCUGCGGGCAGAAAGUCUUCCUACGCCCGUCUUUCCUCUAGAGGCACCAGGUGAUGAAAUGCUGCUGGUAUGAAGACCACAGAGCAGUGAGGAGCUGGAACUCAGUUGUAUGAUACAAGUAGAGCAAGAGUCUUGCUAAAGAGUCCCCGUAACCAUUCUGCCAGGUGUUGGGAAGAUAUGUAGUAGCUGAGCACCUUACUUCUGUCACCAUCCUCAGAAUCAACUUUGGAGAUGCUUUCACCCUGUCCGUCUUCUGCAGCAGCCAGGCCGAGUGCUGACUCCUUCUCAACAGUGAGGAACUCUUCAGACUCCAGAAGCUCUUAAAACUGAUCUACAAUGGAAAAAUUUCUUUUUUAUCUGUUUUUCAUUGGCAUAGCAGUGAAAGCUCAGAUCUGUCCAAAGCGUUGUGUCUGUCAGAUUUUGUCUCCUAAUCUUGCAACCCUUUGUGCCAAGAAAGGGCUUUUGUUUGUGCCACCAAACAUUGACAGAAGAACUGUGGAACUGCGUUUGGCAGACAAUUUUGUUACAAAUAUUAAAAGGAAAGAUUUUGCCAAUAUGACCAGCUUGGUGGACCUGACUCUAUCCAGGAAUACAAUAAGUUUUAUUACACCUCAUGCUUUUGCUGACUUACGGAAUCUGAGGGCAUUGCAUUUGAAUAGCAACAGAUUGACUAAAAUUACAAAUGAUAUGUUCAGUGGGCUUUCCAAUCUCCAUCAUUUGAUACUGAACAACAAUCAGCUGACUUUAAUUUCUUCUACAGCAUUUGAUGAUGUCUUUGCCCUCGAGGAGCUGGAUCUGUCCUAUAAUAAUUUAGAAACAAUACCAUGGGAUGCUGUUGAGAAGAUGGUUAGCUUGCACACCCUCAGUUUGGAUCACAAUAUGAUUGAUAACAUUCCUAAGGGGACUUUCUCCCACUUGCACAAGAUGACUCGGCUAGAUGUAACAUCAAAUAAAUUACAGAAGCUACCACCUGACCCUCUCUUUCAGCGAGCUCAGGUCCUAGCAACCUCAGGAAUCAUAAGCCCAUCUACUUUUGCAUUAAGUUUUGGUGGAAACCCUUUGCAUUGCAACUGUGAAUUGCUGUGGUUGAGGCGUCUGUCCAGAGAAGAUGACCUGGAGACCUGUGCUUCCCCAGCACUUUUAACUGGCCGCUAUUUUUGGUCAAUUCCUGAGGAAGAGUUUUUGUGUGAGCCUCCUCUCAUUACUCGUCAUACACAUGAGAUGAGAGUCCUGGAGGGUCAGAGGGCAACCCUGAGGUGCAAAGCCAGGGGAGACCCCGAACCUGCAAUUCACUGGAUUUCUCCUGAAGGGAAGCUUAUUUCAAAUGCAACAAGAUCUCUGGUGUAUGAUAAUGGAACACUUGACAUUCUUAUAACAACUAUUAAGGAUACAGGAGCUUUUACCUGCAUUGCUUCCAAUCCUGCUGGGGAAGCAACACAAAUGGUGGAUCUUCAUAUAAUUAAGCUCCCUCACUUACUAAACAGUACGAACCAUAUCCAUGAGCCUGAUCCUGGUUCUUCAGAUAUCUCAACUUCUACUAAGUCAGGUUCUAAUGCAAGCACUAGUAAUGGUGAUACUAAAAUCAGUCAAGAUAAAAUUGUGGUGGCAGAAGCAACAUCAUCUACGGCACUGCUUAAAUUUAAUUUUCAAAGAAAUAUCCCGGGAAUACGUAUGUUUCAAAUCCAGUACAAUGGUACUUAUGAUGACACCCUUGUUUACAGAAUGAUACCUCCUACGAGCAAAACUUUUCUUGUCAAUAACCUGGCUGCUGGAACUAUGUAUGACUUGUGUGUCUUGGCAAUAUAUGAUGAUGGCAUUACUUCCCUCACUGCCACAAGAGUCGUGGGUUGCAUCCAGUUUACUACGGAAGACGAUUAUGUGCGGUGCCAUUUCAUGCAGUCCCAGUUUUUGGGAGGCACCAUGAUUAUUAUUAUUGGUGGAAUCAUCGUAGCCUCUGUGCUGGUUUUCAUCAUCAUUCUAAUGAUCCGGUAUAAGGUUUGUAACAAUAAUGGGCAACACAAGGUCACCAAGGUCAGCAACGUCUGCUCUCAAACUAAUGGGGCUCAAAUACAAGGCUGCAGUGUGACGCUGCCCCAGUCCAUGUCCAAACAAGCUGUGGGACACGAAGAGAAUGCCCAGUGUUUUAAAGUUGCCAAUGACAAUGUGAUACAAUGUUCAGAAACUUGUUCAAGUCAGGACUCCUCUACCACUACCUCUGCUUUGCCUCCUACCUGGACUUCAAGUACUUCUGUGUCCCAAAAGCAGAAAAGAAAGACUGGCACGAAGCCAAGUACCGAACCACAGAGUGAAGCUGUCACAAAUGUUGAGACCCAAAACACUAACAGGAACAACUCAACUGCCUUGCAGUUAGCUAGUCGACCUCCUGAUUCUGGCACAGAGGGACCCACAUCUAAAAGAGCACAUUCAAAGCCAAAUGCUUUGCCGACUAAUGUUGACCAGACUGUCCAGGAGACACAGAGGCCGGAGUUAAUCUGAAGAGCACCACUUCUCUCUCUCCUGAAAAAACUUGCCACUGAUAUUUUUACCAGACAAAAUUUAAAACUGUUUCAAUUCACAAAGGCUAAUUGUUGAACUGGUGUCCUAGAAGAAAUUGUCCACAGGAGCUGAAGCAGAAGUCUCUGAUCACGCGGAACUGGCUCUAUCAGACCAUGGUUAAUCCCCUUUUAAAACCAAAACUUUUUUUCUUCUGACCUACAAGUAUUUUCUUUUAAAGAAGGAAAGAAAAAAGCCUACAUUGGCAUCGAGUUCUGUAUCAAUCCAUGUUACAUUGCCAUCCAUGAUUUAAGACUGUAGAAUCUUGAAUAAUCUAUAUCACUUUAACAAAUAAAUGUUUUACUAUGACAGAA